UUCGUACGCAACAAACAAGGAUGGCGACCUUUGAGACGAAGGCCGAAACGAAAACCUCCGAUGGACACAAGGUCGUCGGCGUAGUGCAGCGCUCCAAGGCGAAGACGGUACACUUCAUCCGCCACGCUGAAGGAACGCACAACGAGGCAGCGCUCAAGGAGGGCCGAGCAGCCUAUGCUAAGAUUGAGCACCUCGACGCCAGGCUUACCGAUCUCGGCAAGCAGCAGUGCGCGACGUUGAAGGCGACGAAGCACGGCGUCGAAAAGGAGGCGCAGCUGGUCGUCGUUUCUCCGCUUACCAGAGCGAUACAGACCGCCAUGUUGACCAUUGAUCAGGUAGAGGGAGUGCCAUGGGUGGCGCUGGAGUGCGUGAGGGAGCGAGCGGGGGCGCACCCUUGUGACCGCCGAAGAUGCGUGAGCGAGCUGAAGCAGGAGUACCCGGACAUUUCCUUCGACGAAAUCAAGGACGAGAAGGACGUCUACUUCGAUUCCCUGGGCGAAGAGAGAGAGCCGAACGACCUCAUGGCCGAUCGCGGGAGAGAGCUCCUCUCCUGGCUUAAGGAAAGGCCCGAGACCAACAUUGUCGUGGUAACCCACAGCGCGUUCUUGCUGUGCCUCUUCAACGAGGCGAUGCAGGCGGCGCCGGAGACGGCCAAGUGGUUCGAGAAUUGCGAGCUCCGGAGCGUGUUCCUGGAGCUGUGAUGAAAAAAAAAACCCAUCAACCGAUGAUGCACUUUCGGUCAUCAGCUGCUGCUGACGCUGCUUGCCAACAAUCAUUUCCCGUGUUGGAACUACUGAGGAAGCGUGUGGCGACGGUGGCCACGGCAAAUAAUAGUCGUGACCGCUGCGGAGGGGAGAGUGUUAGGGAAAUAAAUGGUCACCGCGAUUAAUAAUCGUGGGUGAGGAUGCCCUGGAAUCUAACCGGGUAACACUCUUCUCUCGGGGACGAGACCGAGGGAAACAGGGGAUGGGGGGGGGGGGGNGGGGGGGGGGGGAAGGGGGGGGAUCGCACUCGCGCUUGGAAAGUUGCCCGCUGCCGUGUAGCCUCCCAGGAUUUCGAUGUCGGUUUGAGUUUAUUGAGCACAGCAUGGGUGAGGGAGGCUUGAAUUGGAACCGUUCGCAGUCGAUUGCUGGAUGCCGUUCUCUAACUGGUAGAAUGCAUACCGCCUCUAGUUUUCAGCACAAUGCACGAGUUCGUAUUGCGGUGACUUUAGUAGCAGUACGUCUCAAUGUUCUCGAACCCCUAGAAGAGGAUCCGUUGGAUGUGCACCAUAUAGAUUGGCAACCCCACGCAGGGGUGUUUGUCAGCAAGAGUUUGUUGGCUCGGCAGGAGGCAUUCAUGGAAUCAUCCACAAAUUGAAAUAAUAAAUUGGUACGUUCUGGUGAAGUCCCCCAGGACGACAGCCGUGUUCAUAUCCUAGUGAGACACGUCUCUCCUUGCCCGUGUUCAGUUUUACCCCCGCGACAACGUUCGUGUAAUCUGUCGUGAUGUGCCCCCGUCUACUGAUGUUCUUCCGGACGCCGGCUUUGCAACUGUUGCGAUGAUGUUUUGGGCAGAUCAGAUCAAUCGGCGUCACACAGAAGGAAGGUCACAUACACCAACACGA